GAUAUAUAAUAUAUUAUGCCGUAUCAUUGCACGUUUUUCAUUUUGCGUAAAGAAAUUUAAAAUAUACUUGAAUUUGCAACACAUUGCGUUCGGUUAUUUCGUUUACGUACAACAUUUUAAGAAAAUAUGCUUUGAUUGAAAAUAUUAUACUCGUAUAUUUUCAUUGAAAGUUGAUUUAUUUCAUCUACCUAAUAUAGCCGGUGAAUUAACGUCGUGGGAAAUUUUAAGUAGCCAUUGGGAAAAGAAAACGAUUAACAUUUCUUUAACAGUCUUCAACGAAAUUUACUUCAGUACAAAUUGUGGUAUUGUCCUUCAAAGGCAAAUUCUUUAAGGAAUGAUCAUAUACUUGUUAGAUAUCUCAAUAGUUUUAAUGAGUAUUUUACAAGGCACAUCGUGUAUAAAUUGCUUUAAAUGUUCAUCUUUGAAUGGAAGUAAUGCAAAUUGUGAAGACCCGUUUAACCCUGCAAUGUCCACAUACAUAGAAAAGUGCAUGGUCCCAAAAAGAGGUCAUGUAGGAAUGUUUCCAGCAAAUUUUUGUACUAAAAUCAUUGGAAGAAAUGUGUUAACCCACGAAAUUAUGGUCAUCAGACAAUGUGCCAUGAAAACUAUGGACUCUCAGUGCGGUGAAUUCAAAUACCAAGACCAUACCAUGAACGGUUGUAUCCUCACCUGUGAUUUCGACGGGUGUAAUUCAGGACAAAAUAAUAAGCCUAAUACUAUAUUACAAAUUACGCUUUCUGCGCUGCUAUUAUUACUAACAUCAUACUAUAUCAACAAAACUAUUGAAUGUUUUCAAAUUACUUAGAAUAACUAUUUGACAAUAACUCAAAUAUCUAGCUUUUCAAUGUAUAUUUUAUAAUUGUUAAGUAAUUCAUCCAUUCUUUAUUGUUAUGAUAUUAUUAUUAUUAUUAUUAUUAUUACAUUAUAUUACAUAAUAUACAUACAAGUUAAUACCGAAAUAGGGACGAUAAUAUCACGUAACCUUAUUUUUUUAAAUGAUUAUUAUAAAUUACAAUACAACUAUGUGUUCUUAAUACCGUUCUUCCCGAUUCCCGUCAUUAUCUAUCAUCUAUAUUUACCUAUCUACCAUAGUUAAUAUUAUUAUUAUUGAAAAUAUCGAGUAUUAAUCUUGUAUUUUCUUAGACCUAAAACGAAUGACGUGUCAAGUGCCAUUAUAACAUUUGUUUUUAUGUUUACAAUUGUGUAACAUUUGAUACCUACAGGUGGCUGGCCUGGUCAGGUAUACUUAUUUUGGGUUAAUAAUAAUAUUACAUACAAGCUUCUA